UGCAAAAAGCAAGAGAUUGAAUUUGUGAAACAAUAAUGAUAAAUUCCGAUCCAGAAAUAGUAAAAUAUCUUGCUGCACUAGUUGUCAAUACAAAAUUGGGUCAGAUGCAACCUCUCUCUCUCUCUCUCUCUCUCUCUCUCAGAAGAAAAAGGGAAAAAAGUUUGAAAUUGUAGCAGGAGAGAGAGAAGAGUUCUAGGCCUUGAGAAUUGUUGGGUCAUCAGCCAUCAUCUUCCAUUUUUUCCCCAAACUAGCAGAGCUCUCUGAUCUCACUGCAAUGAGCAGCAAAUCAAGCUCAGCUGCCAAAGCAUCAUCAAAGGCGACGACUUGGGUCCUACCCUACAAGACCCAGAACCUCACUGACCUCUACUCUUUGGGGAGGGUUCUUGGACAGGGCCAGUUCGGCACCACCUACCUCUGCACCGAAAUCUCCUCCGGACACCCCUACGCCUGCAAGUCCAUCCCCAAGCGCAAGCUCCUCUGCCGGGAGGACUACGAGGAUGUCUGGCGAGAGAUUCAGAUCAUGCACCACCUCUCCGAGCACCCCCACGUCGUCAGAAUCCGCGGCACCUAUGAGGACGCCGCCGCCGUUCAUUUGGUCAUGGAGCUCUGCCGCGGCGGCGAGCUUUUCGAUAGGAUCGUGAAGAAGGGGCACUACAGCGAGCGGGAGGCGGCGAAGCUGAUCAAGACCAUUGUUGGGGUUGUGGAGGCUUGUCAUUCGCUCGGGGUUAUGCAUCGGGAUUUGAAGCCGGAGAACUUCUUGUUCGACAGCGAGGCAGAAGACGCGGCGCUGAAGGCGACGGACUUCGGUCUCUCUGUAUUCUACAAGCCCGGCGAGACUUUUUGUGACGUUGUUGGAAGUCCGUAUUACGUUGCCCCUGAGGUGCUGCGGAAGCACUACGGGCCGGAAUCGGAUGUGUGGAGUGCAGGGGUGAUUCUGUACAUUUUGCUAAGUGGGGUUCCGCCGUUCUGGGCGGAGACGGAGAUUGGGAUCUUCCGGCAGAUUUUGCAGGGGAAGUUGGAUUUUGAGUCCGAGCCGUGGCCUGGGAUUUCUGAUAGUGCACGUGACCUGCUCGGUAAAAUGCUUGAGAGAAACCCUAGGAAAAGGAUCACUGCCCAUGAUGUGCUUUGCCAUCCUUGGAUCGUAGAUGACACGAUUGCGCCCGAUAAGCCGCUGGACUCGGCUGUUCUGUCGAGGAUGAAGAAGUUCUCCGCCAUGAACAAGCUCAAGAAAAUGGCACUGAGAGUGAUCGCGGAGCGGCUGUCGGAGGAGGAGAUUGGUGGGCUGAGGGAGCUUUUUAAGAUGAUUGAUGCAGAUGGGAGCGGGAGCAUCACGUUCGAUGAGCUGAAAGAGGGGUUGAGGAAAGUGGGGUCUGAGCUAAUGGAAUCAGAGAUCAAGGAUCUCAUGGAGGCGGCUGACAUUGACAACAGCGGGACGAUUGACUACGGCGAGUUUCUGGCGGCGACGGUGCACUUAAACAAGCUGGAGAGGGAGGAGAAUCUGCUGUCGGCGUUUUCGUUUUUCGACAAGGACGGAAGCGGGUUCAUCACCAUUGACGAGCUGAGUCAAGCCUGCAGGGAGUUUGGAUUGGGGGAGCUGCAUCUGGAGGACAUGAUCAAGGAGAUUGAUCAGGAUGAUGAUGGGCAGAUAGAUUAUGGGGAGUUUGCUGCAAUGAUGAGGAAGGGGAAUGGGGGAGGGAUUGGGAGGAGAACAAUGACAAGGACAAUGAAUUUGGGGGAUGCUUUGGGGCUAGGCGGCCAACUAACCGAUUAGAACAAGUUCUACUUCACGUGGAGUUGGUGGUAAACCCUUUUUGUUUUGGUGAUUAGAACUGGAUGGAGGAAAUCUUUUGGGUUAAAUCUUAAUUGUCAUGACUAGCACAAAGAAAAUGCUAAUCUUGGGUAUGGAUUCAAGGUUGAAAUCUUCUUGUAAUGUAAGCAAAAGAUGGUGGUUGGAAUUGCAAUGUUUUCUUGUUUUGUUCAAUGUGGAUACGAAGAGCAACUUGCUCAGAACA